GGGUGGGAGGGAGAAGGCCAGGAAGGGAGGGGGCAGGGGAGGAAGGCUGGCCCUGGAAGAUAAGGUCGUGGCCGCUGUGUGUACCAGAAUGAGCAGAGGCCCUUCCAAUCCUUUGUUUAGAGAACUAAGAAUCUGUCAGUGGAAGAGACCCAAGAGGCCAAGUCCCAUCCUUCAUUUUAGAGUUCAGAGAACGGAGGGCAUUGAACUUAUGGCAGCUCUCUGGUUUAUCCUUAGAGGGCACCUGCUGGAUUGAGCCUAGCCUCCCUCCUGGCCCCUUCAGCUUUUCCUCAGCCGGUGGAGAGGCCAUGUGAUAGCUCAGCCUAGGUGUCUGCCAUGCACCUUACAAGUUCCCAACAAUGACAGACAUUGAAUCAGGCCCCCUCCUUAGUGAUCUAAAUAUAGGCCUCACAGCAAGAAGUGCUGGACCUGUCUACACUGCACAGAGCCCCAACCACCGAUACUCCCCAGCAGGCCUCUGGGCCAUAGGGCAAGUGGACUUAAGGCCUCUCCUGCCUGGUUUUGGUUCACCCCCUGGGACAGAGGUGACUCAAGCACCCUUGCCACAAGGCUAAGUAAACUCCAAGCUGUCUUUCCUAAUCUUGCCUCCAUCCUGGUCUGAGCUGAGGUCUUAUCACCUAGCCUUCACUGUUGUUCAGAGGCAGCCAAAUCCUUUUUCCCGCCUUUGCUGGGCAUAUCACAGAUGCAGCCUUCGGUGCGGAGCACACUCUGAAAAAAAAUGCCGCGGUCCUUUCUAGUGAAGAGUAAGAAGGCGCACACCUACCACCAGCCCCGAGCACAGGGCGAUGACCUGGUCUGGCCUCCUGCCGUAAUUCCUGUGGCAAAAGAACAUACCCAGAGUGGCAGCCCUGUUCUCAGCACACUGCUUCCAAGCCAGACCUUGGACUGGAGCGCAGUCAAACAGAAGCAGGAGAUGCUGCUGAACCAGAGCCUUCCCAAGAUGGCCUCAGCCCCAGAGGGGCCUCACGUGACAUCCCAACCCCAGGAUGGGGAAUCGCCACUCUCCGAGUCACCCCCUUUCUAUAAGCCCAGCUUCUCUUGGGAUACGCUGGCCUCCUCCUACAGACACAGCUACCAACAGACCCCCUCCACCAUGCAGUCAGCUUUCCUGGAGCGCUCCGUGAGGCUGUACGGCAGCCCGCUUGUGCCCAGCACCGAGUCCCCCUUGGACUUCAGCCUCCGUUAUUCUCCGGGCAUGGACACUUACCACUGUGUCAAGUGUAACAAGGUGUUCUCCACCCCUCAUGGGCUAGAAGUGCAUGUCCGCCGCUCUCACAGCGGAACCCGGCCCUUUGCCUGUGACAUCUGUGGCAAAACCUUUGGCCACGCUGUGAGUUUGGAGCAGCACACGCACGUGCAUUCCCAGGGUGUCCCAGCCAGGUCCAGUCCCUCGCCCAGCUUGGCUGUCCCGGGCCUCGAGGCCCCACCUGCACCUGACCCCCCAAGGCCUCGUUUCCUCCGGCAGGAGCGUAGCUUCGAGUGCCGGAUGUGUGGCAAAGCCUUCAAGCGCUCAUCCACUCUGUCCACCCACCUGCUCAUCCAUUCGGACACUCGGCCCUACCCCUGCCAGUUCUGUGGGAAACGCUUCCACCAGAAGUCGGACAUGAAGAAACACACCUACAUCCACACAGGUGAGAAGCCUCACAAGUGCCAGGUGUGUGGAAAAGCCUUCAGCCAAAGCUCCAACCUCAUCACCCACAGCCGCAAGCACACAGGCUUCAAGCCCUUCAGCUGUGAGCUGUGCACAAAGGGCUUCCAGCGCAAGGUGGACCUGCGACGUCACCGUGAGAGCCAACAUAACCUCAAGUGAGACUACUGGCCAGCCUGCCCCGGUGUGUCUCGCCUGAAGGCCAGCCUCGUGAUUCCAGUCCGGAUCCUCAGGCCACCUGGAAGCAGCCCUGCCCAUGAGCCUCUCUGCUUCCUUCGAGACUGGGUGACCUCAACCAAGCCAUGCCUCUUCUCUGACUGCAGCGGGUGUAGGAGUCAACUCCGGCCUUUCGGAACUGAAGCAGUCACAGAUGUGCUCUGGUCACUUCCGCUGCCAGAGCAUAGAAAGAAGCAACAAAACUCUGUGGGCAGAGAUGGCAAAAACAGGCAAGAGCCAGGCUCCAAGAAGCCUUCUUGCUUGCUUCUCUGCGGCUGGUGAAUGAAUUUUUAGGGAUUCUCUUUCUGCCUGCCAGUCAGAGUUGUCCCCUGCCCUAUAGGUCUGGCACCCCUCUGCUUUGGCUAGAUGUACUGGCUGUCCCUCACCUCUGACCACACUCAUCUGCCCACUGGGAGUGGCUCCACAGGUGAGCCACCAGGCUGUGAAAGCAGGAAGCCUGCCUGCCCGUCAAUGUCAAUAAUAAAGAUGAAUUUGUUUGUGUGUGA